UAGCAGCAUAGAACUAAUCAACUAAUUAACGAGUAGUUGGUGUUUUUCAAGAGACACAGAAAAGCUCAGGCUGAGAAAGUGGCUCAACUAAUGAAAGCCACUCUGUAAUCUCUUAACCUCUUCGCCACCUCCCACAUUCUUCGCUCUCUCUCACAUUGCUACCGACCAAACUCCAUUGGGCCAUUCACUUUUUGGUCUCUUUUCUCUCAUACCUUUACUUUCAGACUUGGGGAAAAACCUCUAGUCUCGUCUCUCAUUUUCCACUUUUGUCUCUGAUGGAUUAAGGUAUCCAGAUCCCAUGGAUCUUUUUGAUUAAGAUCUUGGUUAUUUGGGAUAUAUACAAGAUAUCCCAUUUUGAUUAAAUGGGUAUAUCCUUUUCUAGCCCACUUGCCGACCUUGAUGAUUUGGUUAGUAGCUAUGAAGCUAUAAUUGUAAGAUCAGUUAGUUCAGUAGUGAGGAACAUGUUGCGAUCAGUCGGUUUCAACAUCCGCGAUUCAGAUUCCACUAAGUUGAAAUCAUUUGGUUCAAGAAAGAUGAUACUGGAAGGAUCACUUAGCUUUAAAGGGAGGGAGUUAGAGACUGUGUUCUCAUUCAAAACUCCUACUGCAGAAAUGGAAAAUGAUGUGUUUGGAAGAUGUGUGAGCUCUAAGACUAGAGAUGUUGGUGACCAAUUGGCAAAAUCAGAUAGCUUAUCUGAGAAAAAUCACCAGACACCAUUGUUGGAGCCAAAGAAUAAUAGAAACAAGGCUGCAUUGAAGUUGCAGAAAGUGUACAAGAGUUUCCGAACAAGGAGACGGUUGGCAGAUUGUGCAGUUCUUGUGGAACAAAGCUGGUGGAAAUUGCUAGAUUUUGCAGAACUGAAGCGAAGCUCUAUAUCAUUCUUUGACAUCGGGAAACCAGAGACAGCUGUUUCACGCUGGUCAAGGGCAAGAACUAGAGCUGCUAAGGUGGGAAAAGGCUUAUGUAAGGUUGGAAAUGCUAAGAAACUUGCUUUACAACAUUGGCUUGAGGCAGUAAGUCUCAUGCUUAAAGUAAAUCUUUGGACAAAACUACUAGUUUUAUUUGUGGCCUGUUUUCAAUCUUGUUAUUCUCCUAAACAGAUUGAUCCUCGCCAUCGCUAUGGCCAUAAUCUUCAAUUUUAUUAUGUGAAAUGGCUCCACUGUGAGAGUAGACAGCCCUUCUUCUACUGGCUCGAUGUGGGAGAAGGAAAAGAAGUCAAUCAUGAGAGAUGUCCUCGAUCGAAGCUUCAGCAGCAAUGCAUUAAAUAUCUUGGUCCGGCAGAAAGGAAGGCUUAUGAAGUUGUGGUGCAAGAUGGGAAACUUGUCUACAAGCAGAGUGGUGAAAACCUUCAUACAGAAGGAGGACCCAAAGAUGCUAAGUGGAUCUUUGUCCUUGGUACAUCCAAGACCUUAUACGUUGGGCUGAAGAACAAGGGCACAUUUCAACAUUCAAGUUUCUUGGCAGGUGGAGCCACAUUAUCUGCUGGAAGAUUAGUAGUGGAAGAUGGCAUCUUGAAGGCAGUUUGGCCACACAGUGGGCAUUAUCGACCAACAGAAGAAAAUUUUCAGGAACUCAUGUCAUUCCUUAAUGAACACAACGUAGAUCUCACUAAUGUAAAGAAAAGCCCAGGUGAAGAAGAAGAAGAAGAAGCCCCUUAUAAAAAGGGCAGCGACAUUUGCCUUCGGAGCAAUUCAACAGAAGCAGAUUUAUCUCAGGAUACUGAAUCUAUUAGUGAAAAUUUGUCAGCUACAGAGCGCAGUGAUUCCAGAGACCAGGAUUCUAAUGCUGCAGAACAUCCCACACCAUCCAUGCCAAGAUUGUCAGGAGAUAUAUACCCAAAAAUGAACAGGCUUAAAAUACCAAACCAACAUGAUGAAUUUGCCAGUUUUAGGAGUGAAAAACUUAGACCAAGUUGCCACACUGACCCUCCAAAUUUGUCUUCAGGAGAUGGAUAUGAAACAGCAGAAGAAUCACUUUCAUCUGAAGAAGAUUUCAUGGUUCCGAAAAUGAACCUAUUUGAUGGAUAUCAAGAAGAAGAUGAUGAGCAGCCAAUUCCAAAAGAAAAAAUCCUGCAAAGGAUAGAUUCACAUAAAGGAAUGAAGUCAUAUCAGUUGGGUAAACAAUUAUCCAGUAAAUGGGCAACUGGUGCGGGGCCACGAAUUGGUUGCAUGAGAGACUAUCCUUCUGAGCUUCAGGCCCGGGUUCUGGAGCAAUCCAACUUGUCCCCAAAAUCAAGAAGUGCUAAUGCAUCACCCCGGAGCUUUUCUCGCUUCAGCACAAUGGAUACUACUCCAUUUUCUUUGUUUAGAGAGACAACUGCAGGCAGAAGUUCCCUUGCUCCAGAGCAAGUAACACUGUCUCAAACAACUUUAUAGAUAUCACCAAAUAUAAAUAUAGAUGAAAUCACAAUCCAUAAUGGAUUUUAUUAUAUAAUACUGGGGUAGAGAAGAGGAUAUAGUACUUAUUAAAAAAGAAGAAAAAAGAAGAGGAUAUAGGGAUUUUUUGCAUUCUUUUAUAUGCCAUUGUUUUCCACAUUUUUUGUAGAUUAUGGUGGGGAUGGAAUGAGAAUUGAAGAGGUUCUGCAGGAUGUGCUGCCCUUCAAUCUUAGAAGAGAAGAGACCCAUUUUAAUUCUUUAUGAUGUAUGUACUAAUAAAAAAAACAAAAAUUAUGAUGUAUGUAGGUCCUAUAUUGAAAUCAUAAAGCCAAAAUCACUGUUAAGAUAUCAAAGUGUAUUUUCUUUUCUGUUGGGUAAUAAAAUAAGAAAGUGUUUAUAGAGUAA